AUGGCUCCAUUCGAGAUGGAUCUCCUCGUGGUUAGGGAUACGCUCCACAAGCGAUACUUUGCAUUUCCUAACAGUCUGGAUCCGCUCCCACCCGUUUACAAGCAGGGCCUCAUUCCAGUCGCACUAUGUGCCAUGUUGUCUUUGAUGUCAGUAACAGCGCUGCUCGCAUUCAUAACGUAUCGAUUGAUAUCGUGGCGGCGCCAUUAUAAAGAAUAUGUUGGUUACAAUCAAUACGUCGUUCUCAUCUACAAUCUGCUGCUGGCAGACCUGCAACAAUCGAUUGCGUUUGCGAUAUCGUUCCAUUGGUUGCGACUGGAAAAGAUUAUAGCGCCCACCGCGCCGUGCUUCAUCCAGGCCUGGUUUCUGAACUUGGGCGACGUGGCAAGUGGUUUCUUUGUCCUGGCUAUUGCAAUACACACAUGGUUGGGUGUAGUAAGAGGCUAUAGACUCUCGUACGUCUGGUUCGUGGUGGUAAUUCUCUGCAUCUGGGCCGCCGCCGCGGCAUUGACCAUAGCCGGACCCAUCAAGUUUGGGACCCGUUUCUUUGCCCGAGCAGGUGGAUGGUGCUGGAUAUCUACCGAAUUCCAAGACGAACGCCUGUGGCUCCACUAUCUAUGGGUCUUCAUUGUUGAAUUCGGCACAAUGGCUAUCUACGGUCAUAUCUUCGUCCACCUGCGAGGGCGCAUCCGCAACGUCAUCCACAACGAUGUCAGCAAACUGUCGAGAGCUACCAAAUUCAUGAUCAUGUAUCCGGCAGUCUAUGUGCUGUUAACCCUACCCAUCGCUGUCGGACGUAUGGUUGCUAUGACGGGUAAGACAAAGCGAACGGAACUUCCAGACGCAUUCCUCUGUGUUGCGGGCGCCCUUCUAACCUCUUGCGGAUGGAUCGAUGCUCUUCUCUACACUCUGACCAGGCGUGUGUUCAUUACUAACGAGCUGUCCUCCGGAGGCACUCACAACCAUACCGGCAAUGUCACUGCAAUUUCCCACAACGGUACAAGGCCCGGAGACGACUAUGGACUCCAGACCAUGUUGGAUAAAGACAGGGUAGCUCCACCACGCUCUGUCACAAUCGUUGGUGGUAGUACCCGCAUGGGUCGGAUCGUCGAACGCGGGCGAGGCCACAUUCGGGACAAGCGCAGCCAGCCCGGUUCUCUACGAGAACACAGCCCUACUGGCUCCCAAGAUUCCAUAAUAAAACUUAACACAAACGCGAUUGGGAUUGUAACCGAGACGGAUAUUCACAUCGAAUCGGCAUCCAGCGAUGAAAGUGUCCUCCCCAGACAGUUUGAGUCUAGAGAGAGGUCGAGCUGCGAUAUAAAGUAA